AUGUCCGACAACAUUGAAACCCCAAUUCAGAAUCCCCUAACCCAAGACCCUCAGCCCUCAUCAACCACCACCAUGGCCGAGACCGAAGUACCGCCGCCACAGUCCGACAACAACACCGCCUCCGUUGCCGAGAAGCUCUCCAACAUCUCCUUCAGCAUCUGGCCCCCGAGCGAACGCACGCGCGACGCCGUCAGGCACCGCCUUAUCGAGACCCUCUCCUCCCCCUCCAUCUUGUCCAAGCGCUACGGCACCGUCCCCAGAGAGGAGGCCGCCGACGCAGCUAAGGUCAUCGAGGAGGAGGCCUUCGAGGUGGCGGGAAAGGGAGCGACAGCCGACGGCGAUGGGAUCGAGAUCCUGCAGGUUUACUCCAAGGAAAUCAGCAAGCGGAUGCUGGAGAGGGUGAAGGCCAGAUCUGGCGAUCAGGGGGCUCCUGCGGCGUUGACGCCGCAGCCGCCGCCGAACAAGGCGGAGGAGGAGGAUGCGGAGUCCACUGCACCGCCGCACAGCGAGAAAACCGAGUCCGCCGCGGAUGACGAAUGA